AUGCUCCUCAAGAUUCCAUCAGGUUUGGGUAGAGGCACUGCUGAUGGAGGACUCUGUCGAUCGUGGAGAUGGUGGCUCGGACCUUGUAGGUACGGCGGGACCAUCAAACGGCAAUCCUCUGAUUCCUCCGAUGGUGGACAUGGUCACUCGGGCGAUGAAGCUGCCUCGGCCGAGGUCAGAUCUGAAAUGGAGAAGGAAGAGGAAGCGCUGGCUGCGCAAGUUCUGGUCUCCCUGAGGCCAGUCAGGCCAGACAUCAUCCGAGCCGUGCGUGCUGGAACUGCACUGAGGUGCUGCGGGCGCGCUUUCCGCACACGAACCCGAGGGUCUUUCCGCCUGAGCUUUCCAACGGUCGAGAUUGACGAGUUUUGGAGCCACAGUUGGCAUGGCAACGCACGGAGCAAGAUCGUGACAGCUGCUUUCUUGUGCAACGGGCGAGCCGCACCUCUGAUAGCCACACUCUGCGCGAUUGCGGCAGCGGCCCUUUUCCUAGCCGACAUGCUACCUAUGGAGUUCGAAGACCCCCCCCGUUCCCCCCCUGGGUAUCCGGCGGUGCCCUACUGGGGGAAGGCGGUCGGCUUGUUUUCCUAUGCCAUACUUCUUUUCCUUUGGCACUCGAGAAAAAGAGUUUUCCUGGACAUUCUCUGCAUUAACCAGAAUGACAAUGCAAUGAAAGCUGCGGCAUUGUUCAGCAUGCCGGCAUUCCUCAAGGCAUCAGAUUCCUUGCUGGUGCUUUGGGAUCCAUCCUACACGAAGCGUCUGUGGUGUUGUUUCGAGAUUGCCGCCUUCUUGCACUCGCGCUCAGGCGGGCAGGAAGCACGUGUAAGAGUCCGGCCUACGAUGUUGGGCCCCAGCUUCGUCUUGGUGUUUGCGUCGUUGUGCUGCAUGCUGUUGGCCGUGGGAUUCAUUCCACAGCGCCUUGCAGAUGUACGUACUCUGUGGCCAAUCAUGGCGGCACUCGGUUUUCUGGCAUUCUAUUGGAGCGUGGCCAAGCUUCGUGAGUUCUUCCGGUCCGUUGAGGCUUUGCAGCAGGAGUUGCAAGAGUUUCGAUGUGAAGACUGCUUGUGUCAUUGCUGUACUUCUGGCCAUAGGUCUCCGGACGGCAGCAGGACGGAGGUUUGUGAUCGGCGAAUCAUUCUCUCCUGCAUACGCAGUUGGUUUGGCAGCAUCGAGGACUUUGACAACAUUGUGCGAACACAAGUCCUAGCCUGCCUGACCACCCAGCUUUCGUCCCAUGUGUUGACCUACAAGGAGUUUGUGUUCAUGGCUGUGCCGAUUCUGUGGUUUCAAUUGGAUUCUUUUUGUGAAAGAUGGGACUUUAUCCUGCGACCCUGGCCUGGACACCCGCUCAACCUGCGGGAGCCAGCGCGGAUGCACGGUCGAAUUUCCGGCUCCCUAAAGGAGGUCAUCCGAGGACCGCUUUGGGCUUUUGGCCUUAUUCCUAUACUUUUCUUCACAGCCUCGAAGCUAUCUUGUGUGCUGCGGAGGCAAGUGGGCCAAUCCAAAUGCGCGAGGAUGUUCGGCGACGUAUGCAUCAACUGCUUGAUCCUUCUAGUUGUGGUGACACUCUUUGCAGUCAUGCUGGUGUUGGAGGAUGUAUCCGCUUCCAUGAUCGACGGCCCCUACGUUGGCCAGCUUGACAUGCUCCUCUUCACGGUGCUUGUCUUCUUGCUAACCUGGCUGCUGUUCCGCUGUGCUUCCAUUUCCAUUGGGGCGGAGCCCCAGCAAGCACAGACAAGCCUGCAGAAGGAGCCAGAUCCACGGGUUUUGGGCGCCUCGAGCAUGGACCGCAAUUCAAGUGCGGAGGAGACCGAUGCGCCAGCUGCGAGCUGGCAGAACUCCAGCAAGGGUAGCAAAGCUACCAGGCAGCAGUUGUGA